AUGGCAUCGUUUUGCAGGUCUGCAAUAAUGGCUGGUUCAAGAACCCUUACUUUUCGAUCCAAAACCCUUUCGUUAAAGACCAUAGCCCCAAACCCCAUGUCUUCUCGAUCAACAAGAGCCCUCCCUCGCACUUCGAGGAUUGUGUCGGCGUUGGGAGGAUUAGAAUUCAUGAUGCCGCUCCACAAUACCAUCGCAUUUGCUCGGCUACAAUCAAUCAUCGCCCUCGAUUCAUCCUGUUGGAGCUGCCUCUCUCAAGGACUUGCAACUCCUUUGUGA